AUGUCAGGGUUAGCUGCUCAAAUGACAGAGGAGGUCUGUGGCACUGCUCCUCUGAAGCCGAACAGGAGGAUAGUUGGGGGGCAGGAUGCCCCACCAGGUAGCUGGCCCUGGCAGGUCAGCCUCCAGAGACCGUAUGGCCACGUGUGUGGAGCAUCCCUCAUCAACAACGAGUGGCUGCUGACCGCUGCUCACUGUUUCAACAGCGAUGACGCCUCGUUCUGGACUGUGAAGCUGGGGCAGGAGUGUAGCGGUGCACGUCCAGAGUGCCGUGACCUGGCUGCGAUUGUCCUCCAUCCCGGCUGGAACAGCACAGGCUUCCAUCACGACAUAGCCCUGCUUAGACUCAGCAGCCCCGUCAACUUCACCGACUGCAUCAGACCCGUCUGUCUGGCAGACAAGGACAGUGUCUUCCCCCAUGGCACUGACAGCUGGGUGACAGGAUGGGGAUACAUCCAAGAAGGAGUUGCUUUAAAUGGCACACUACAGGAGGUGAAGAUCCCUGUGGUGGAGAAUGGCAUAUGCAGUGGGCUCCUGGCUCCUCAAACUGUGACGGCGGACAUGAUCUGUGCAGGACUGUUGGCGGGAGGGAAAGACGCGUGCCUGGAGGACUCUGGAGGUCCACUGGUGGCCAAGCAGGGUUCGGUCUGGAUCCAGUCUGGGGUGGUUAGCUUCGGGAUCGGCUGUGGCCGGCGUGGGAGGCCAGGAGUCUACACAAGAGUCUCCAGCUAUCAAGACUGGAUAAACAAAACCAUCCAUAGUGACCCGCCUGGAUUUGUUGAAUUUGUACCCCCCGUUACCUCAACCACACCUGUGCCACCAACAACUACAGCUGCAACUACUCCCAGUACCGGCAGAGCACCCUGCUUGUUCUCUGUCCAUGUCUUUUUCUUCUACACGCUUCUGGCACUCAGCCUUGUUUGCAUCAGGGAUUGA